AAUGCCAUCAAAGCACUUCAUCAAAACCUUCUUUGAAUCCUUUGCUGAGGACCCCAUUUUUAAUUCUGUAGACAAAGAGAAAGAAGGGGAUGUGGAUGAGACAGAACACCCUCCAGAGAAAAAUGUUACUAACAAUGGCUACCUGAAAGCUCGGCAGCAUCUUCAAGAAGGAAACUAUGGUGAGAUUAUUGAAUGUUGUCAGAAUGAGCUAGCCAACCCUCUCACCCCUCAUAAAGUGGAAGCUUUGCUCUUGCGUGCAACUCUAUAUCAACUACGUGGGGAAGGCAAGAAGGCAAUGGAUGAUCUCACUGCUCUCAUCAAUAUUGAAAAUGCACCUUUGAAGAUACAUGUAAAUGCCCUAGUGAAACGUGGAUCUCUACAUAUGCAGCAUGAAAGAGUUGAUGAUAGUUUGCAGGACUUUGACAAGGCUGCAUUGCUAGACCCAAGUAAUUGUGAUGUGUUUCAUCAUAGAGGGCAGAGGCAACCUUAAGAGGGGAGUGGAACUUUUUGACAAAGCAAUUCCACUAGCAAAGACAGAAAUGGAAAUGGCACAUUUGUUCUCACUACGAGAUGCUGCAGUUGCACAAUUAAAGAUUGUGGAGAAAAUGGGUAUAAAUAUUCCAAACUUAGGGUCUUUGUAAAUAAUGAAAAACGAGAUUCAGAUACCCUGAUGACCAGUUCAUAUUGUAAGAGUUGUAUUAUAAGUUGUGAAUUUCAUAGUUUAAUAAUGAUCCCAAAAAACAAUGGAAAUGUAAAAGUAACCUUGAAUAAAAUAACAAUGAAGUAAACAAAUAUAUUCCAAAAUAUGUCCUUUAUGCUGUAAGUAACAGUGUUAGUUUUUUUAUGUUGUCUUUUACAUUUCAGUGCUAUUGUAAAUUAAUGGUCAGUCAUUCCUGUUUCAUAUAGAAUUUACCCACUUUCAUAUACAGAGUAGGUAUUAUCAUGAAUUUGAGAAAAUAAAGAAAAAAUUGGUUCUUUUUCAUUUCAUCACUGCUAUUUUUAAUAAUUUGUGUUUAUACUAUAUAAGCUUGAGAAAUGAUGAAAAAAUGUAAAGUUUGAAACUGAAAGGCAAAUUUUGCUGGAAUUAUAAUGUAAAUAUUCAUUCUUGUUAUUGUACUUAGCUGGGGUGAUUGUACAAUGUGCAUGAAAAAUAAAUGAUGUUAAUGUA